AUGGCGGGACGACGUCGUGACGCACAUGCUCUUCGACUUCCUCGAGGACGCCGGUCUGGCGUCGACGCUGCGCGCGCUCGAGAAGGAGACCGGGUGCGCGCGGUCUCGCCUCGCCUCGCCUCGGAGGAGCCGCGGCGUCCGUCGUCGUGGUUUUCGAAUUUCGUUGACUCCUCCGCCGCGUCCGUCUCAUCGUACUCCGUCGCUCUUCUCGUCCCUCUUCCCGACAGGCGAACGAACCCGCGAGACGACGCGAGAUGCGACGAGCUCCGGUUCCUCCGCGCGCUCGUCCUCGACGGCGACUUCGACGCCGCGGCGUCGUUCCUCGAGCCCCUACGCGACGCCGACGACGACGACGCGAAGAAUCAGAAUCAUCAGAAUCGUCGUCGCCACGCGUCCGCGCGCGCCGCGCUCGGACGCCAGGCGUUCUUGGAGCUCCUCGACGCCCCGGACGCGUCCGCGUCGGACCUCGCGCGAUCCCUCGCGGAGCUCGAGCCUCUGCUCGAGAGGCGCGACUUCGAGACGCUGUGCUACGCGAUGACGCUGCCGUCCGUCGCCGCGCACGACGACUUCGCGGGGUGGUCCGUCGCGCGCGGACGCCUCGUGGCGUUCAGGCGCGUUGUCCUUACACUGGUCCCCAUACGACCCCGUCGCCGUGGUGAACGCCGAUCCUUACGGACUUUUCCCGGCGUGUCUCUCCGCCCAUCACCCCUCGGUUUCAAUCCCGACACACCUCGACGCCUUUCAACUCCAUCUGACGCCUUUCAACUCCACCCCGACGUCGCUUUGAAUGAUGGAACGACCCUCAGAGCGCUGGAGGACGCGCUCGCGGACGUGUACCCGCGCGAGGAGGAGGAGGAGGAGGAGGAGGAGGGGGGGGCGUCAUCGGCGUCGUCGUCGUCGUCCGCGAUGGAGGUGGCGAUGCGGCACGCGCUCGCGCACGUGAACCUCGUGAACGGGACGUUCGGCGGCGGCGCGCCGGCGACGUCGCUGUUCGAGUCGGUACGAACCGCGGAGAGGAGGAGGAACGCGAACGAGAAGGCGGCGCCGGUCCGUCGCGCGUCGCCGUCCGGCGGGAAACAGCGACGGCUGCCCGUGUUUGGCGUCCGCGCGAGCGUCGCGGUCGCGACGCCGAGGGAGCGGGAGCGGGAGGAGGAGGAGGAGGAAGUUUUAACGUCGGCGCGCGCGCGCGCGGCGACGAUGACGCCGUCGCGCGCCGUAGUCUUCUCGUCAUCCGCGGUGGUGGAGAAGAGGACGAUUAUUGACGUCGACGUCGAGACGACGACGACGACGACGACGACCGCGGCGGAAGAUGGAGCGUCGAUCGACGCGCCAUCCGCGAAGACGAAGACGACGGAGAGAAAGUCCUUAAGGAUCGGCGUUCACAACGCCAACGCGGUCGUAUGGGAACCAGCGCCGCCGCCCGCGUCGCCGUCCUCGGACGAGGCGGAGCGCAUGUCGGAGACGUCCGACGGCGAGCCGCCGGUCGUCGUCGUCGACGACGACGACGACGACGACGACGACGAAGCGCGGACGGGGGAAGCCGCCGCCGAAGGAGCCGCCGAAAGAGCCGCCGAAGCCGAAGCCGAAGCCGAAGCGACGGCGGCGACGCCGCCGGCGCCGGUCGGCUGGCGCCCGCCCUCCGCGCGUCCGUCCGCGCUCGCCGCGGGGCCGUACGCGUCGGCGGCGGCGGCGACGACGACUACGACGACGAACCCGGCGGGCCCUCCCCGGGAUUAUCGGGGAAAUCUCCCGCCGACGUUCGCGUCGCGCGGCGUCCUCCACGCCGACGCCAACGCGCUGCGGGUCCUCGCGCACUGCCCCGAGGGAUUCGUCAGAGACGGCGUCGACGCGCGCCGCGUCGUCGUCGCGUGCGCGUCGUCCGCGCGCGCGCUGACGAUCGUCGCGACGCCGCCGUUUCCGUUUCCGCCGCAUCGCGACGGUUCAUAUCUCGAAGACGACGAUUGGGACGACGAUGACAGAGAUAUGAACGGACGCGCCCCGCGCGGCGACGUCCUCCUUCGCGUGGAGAAUCUCCAUCCCGCGCCGUGUUCCAUAUACGCGUUGGCGUGGGGCGGGUUCGACGGGCACGUAAUCGCGACCGGCGCGAACGACGGCGGCGUGUGCGUCGUGCGGCUCAAGUGGGACGACGACGGAGAUGGAUACGGAUACGAGGGAUACGGAACGUCAACCGGCGCGGAGGACGACGACGACGUUCUCGGCGCGUCGGAGUACGGGGACGCGUUUUUGUACGGGCGCUCGCGCUCGCGCUCGCGCUCGCGUCGGCUCGCCGUCGUCGGCGCGCCCGCGGCGGCGCGAGGCGGAGGCUACCGCGGCGGGCACGACGGCGCGGUUCGAUCGAUCGCCUUCUUCGGCGCGCGCGACGGCGCGUUCAUCAGCGGCGGCGGCGGCGACUUCGCGCCGAGGGUGUGGUCGGUGGGCGGCGACGCCGCGUGGACGCGCGGCGACGCGCCGCCGCCGGCGCUGACGCUCGCGCCGCACCGCGACGAGAUCGUCGCCGUCGCCACGGACUGGGACCAACGCGAUUGGUUCUCACGGUCCGCGUGCGACGUCGCCGCGACCGCGUCGAGGGACGGGGACGUGCGCGUGUACGACGUGCGCGACGGCGCGUGCGCGCGACGCGCGAGCCUGCGCGUCGACGCGAGCGGCGACGUCGUCGGCGGCGGCGCAAGCCGUCGACUCACCGCGAUGAGCGUUCGGCGGUUUCUGGUCGCGACGGGCUACAGCGACGGCGGCGUCGCCGUGUGCGACAUCCGAAAGGCGACAAGCACCGGGAGUAGUAACGGCAGUGGGAGUGGCGUUACGUCGAGGACCGCGGUGCUGUGGUCGGAGGCGCUGCACGCGGGGAGCGAGGUGCGCAGCGUGGAGGUGGACCCCUCGGGGACGAUGGUGCUCACCGGGGGGUUCGACGGGCGGUGCCGGGUCGUGCGCGCGGACGACGGUUCAUAUCACGACGUAACGCACGGCGUAACGCACGACGGGCACGACGAUAAGGACGGUGAGGGAGUGGACGCAGAAAGUAUCGUCUCAUAG